AUGACACAGAACAUUCAGGUGAUAAAGGCUAACCUGAAAGAGGCCCAGGAUCGGCAGAAGAGUAUCACAAACAGACAUUCUACUGACAGAGUUUAUAAGGUUGGUGAUUGGGUAUUCUUGAAGUUAUCGUUGUGGAAAGGUGUUGUGCGAUUUGGCAAGAAAGGGAAACUUAGCCCUAGGUACAUCAGACCAUACCAGAUAGUUGAACGAGUUGGCGAAGUUGCUUAUCAACUCACUUUGCCACCAGAGUUGGCGAGAAUGCACAAUGUGUUUCAUGUAUCGAUGCUACAAAGGUACGUCUCUGAGCUGUCUCAUGUGAUCCCUUCUCAGCCAUUAGAGAUCAAUCCAGAUUUGACCUAUGAUGAGGUUCCAGUGACUAUCCUUGAUUGGAAGGAUAAGGUUCUUAGGAACAAGACCGUGCAGAUGGUGAAAGUUUUGUGGAGGAACCAUUUAGUGGAGGAAGCUGCUUGGGAGACAAAAGAGCGUAUGCAAGAUAUGUAUCCAUGUCUGUUUUAUGGCUUUGAUUUGUAG